GAGGAAGCACAUCUGCCACAUCUUGUAUGAGUUCGGGCAUUCGCUCUGGGUUUAACGGAUUCCAGCUUUAGAUUUUAGUGCUGCAUUUGUCUUUGCGUGCAAGUUAGGUUUCACAACGUGGGUGUAGUUUGUGAUUAUAAUCAAAUGUUCCAUGAUAGGUCUUAAAAAGCUUGGUAUCAAGUGCUUCUUGUAUCCUGAGACAACACUACUCCUCCCCCACAUAAGACGUUUCUUAAGAUACAUGGCAGUUAUCAGACAUCACAAACAAACACUGAUAAAGAUGGGCCCAUGGAAGGUUGUGCAGAGGCAAUACACUCAUAAUGGAGGCUGUGUAAAUAUGAAAAUACAGCAUAUCACACUGAAGUUACUCUAGUUUCUAGAUGUCUGUCUACUCGUUAUAUUAUGCAAUACAAUAAUUAAUGUAACGCACAACACCUGCAUGAGAGAUAGAUGGAUAGAUAGGUACUUUACACUACAACAUAUUUAUUUCAGCCUUGGUUGUCCGCCACGGGUAGCGCUGUUUCGCUCUCCGAAAAUCUGCAUUUCUACGGGAAGAAACCAGAGGGGAGAGACGCAGAGAGUGGAGGUGGAGUCUGUACAUGGGGAGGGAGAAGAAAGGGGAGAGGAGCGAAAACGGGGAAAGGCAGAUACAACAGAAACUGGGGGGAGGACGGUGGAUGAAUUUCGCUGUAAAAGUUGCAUUAAAACCAAUUUUAAGAGUUGCGGCGAAGAGGAAUAAAACAAGAUGAUAACGCCCUACUUCCUAGAGAAUUUCUGGGGUGACAAAAACAAUGGCUUCGAUGUGCUCUACCACAACAUGAAGCAUGGCCAGAUUUCCUCCAAGGAGUUGACGGACUUCAUCAGAGAAAGGAGCGCUAUUGAAGAAGCCUAUGCCAGGUCCAUGACCAAACUAGCCAAGUCAGCUGGCAACUUUUCUCAGCUGGGGACUUUUGCUCCGGUGUGGGAUGUGUUCAAGACCUCAACGGAGAAGUUGGCCAGCUGUCACAUGGAGCUGGUGAGGAAACUACAGGAACUCAUUAAAGAGGUCCAGAAGUAUGUGGAGGAGCAGGCCAAAGCACACAAAAAGACAAAAGAAGAGGUGGCGUCCACCCUGGAGGCCGUGCAGAACAUCCAGACCACCUCGCAGGCCCUGCUGAAGUCCAAGGAGAUCUACAACGCCAAAACUGUGGAGCAGGAGCGCCUCCGCAAAGAGGGGGCCACCCAGAGAGAUGUGGACAAGGCUGGAGUGAAAGCCAAAAAAGCCACAGAGACCUACAAGUCCUAUGUGGAGAAAUAUGCUGCAGCCAAGUCAGAGUUUGAACAGAAGAUGGCAGAAACUGCACAGAAAUUCCAAGACAUUGAAGAAAACCACAUUCUCCACAUGAAGGCGAUCAUUCAGUUGUACUCGCGGUCCGUCGACGAAACGCACAUCCAGAUAGGAGAGGUCCACACUGAAUUUGUGAGGAACAUUGAGAACACCUCAGUGGAGAGCUUGAUACACAAACUGGCAGAGAGCAAAGGAACGGGCAAAGAGAGACCAGGACCCAUUGAGUUUGAGGAGUGCAAUGCAGCUAUUGCCACUGAAGGCGCCAAACCCAGAAAGAGAAAACCAUUUGGCAUCCCAGGACGAAGGAAAGACAAGGACACGGACUCCACGGAGUCGACAGAAGUCGAAGCUGCUAACACUGCCAACGGCGCUCCCCCUGGAUACUACGGCGCCAUAGACAUCCAGAAUGCUAAUGUUCCCCAAGUUGAUGCAGAGGGUUUCUGCAUCCGACCGGAAGCAAAUGAGAACGAUGCCAAAGAGAAUUCCUUCUACUCGUCCAGCGACUCGGAGGAUGAAGACGAACCCAGGAAGUUCCACGUGGAGAUCAAGCCCGUCCAGCCAAACAACGGCACGCACCAGAACCGAGCCACCAUCGACGAGCUCAAAGCCUCCAUCGGAAACAUCAUCCUGUCGCCCUCGACCUCGGGACAGAUGCGGAGGAACCAGUCCAGGAACACACGAGCUUCUUCGUUAAGCUCUAAGGCUCAGGGUCCUGGUGACGAGCUGGGAAAACCCAGAGUGCCAACACCAUACGAACUGACGAACAACGACCUUCUGUCUCUGGACCCGUUCGGCCCGUCUCUGGCAGCAGGCUCCUCUUCCUCUGUGUCCUCUACAACCGCUGAGGAAGUGACCCAGCGGGAACGCUCUCCUCCCCUGGCAGAGAGCCAGCAGUCCAAAGAUGUCUCCUCUUUCUCCUCGUCCACAUCCUCUCCCUGGGACUCGCCAGAAAACCCUUUCCAAGCACUCAAGCCCGCCCCAGCGAGGGCCCAGAGCGCCCCCAUGACCCUGCCCACCGAGCCCAUCGACCCCAUCAAAAGCCCGGCCGUCGCCGCCGCCGCCAGCCCUCCAAAGAGCGGUGACGCCUUCUCCUCCGUGUCCUGGUCCCAGAGCCAGUGGAUCGCCUUCAGCGAUAAUUCCGCCCCGGCUCGCCGCCAGGGCCCGGGGCCGUCCCUGAAAGAGCUCCAGAGGCCUCAGUCCGGCUCCGGCAGGGCGUGUCGCUUCCUCUCCGAUGAGUCCGCCGAGGCCUUCUGCAAAGCGCCGGGCAGCGGAGGAGACGGCAUCCCCUGUUUCUCUGAUGUCUUCUCUGGGAUUACUGAUAGGGCGAUGGCAGCAGCUCCAUCAAGCAAAAUAUUCAAUGUGCCAGCACCAAACCGACCGACGACCCCGCUGACAGCCGGAGCCCUGGUGCCCCCACCUCGACCCUCCUCCAGGCCCAAAGUCCCCACGGGGAAACUCACAGGGAUCAAUGAGAUUGUACGGCCGUUCACCCCACCCAAGACGUCCAACGCCAGCCCUCCUCCCGCUGCGCCUCUCGCCCGGGCGGAGAGCUCCUCCUCCUUGUCCUCGAACGCCUCGCUCAGCGCCGGCAACACCCCCACCGUUGGAGCUGAGCACACCUUUGCUCUCCUCCUCUCCUCCCCAGAGCCAGAGCUGCUCUCCCUCUCUCCUUUCUUUCUGCUCAGCCAAAAGGAAGAUGUGUUCAUAGCGAAGCUGCCUACCUUUGAGAAGCGGUGUGAAACACCAGCAGGGACGUCUCGCGGUCCCAGCCCUGUGACCUUGGGAUCCCUGGAUGCUUUGCCCAUUGCCGUGGCCUUCACAGAAUCGGUUAAUGCUUACUUCAAAGGAGCUGAUCCCACUAAGUGCAUCGUGAAGAUCACAGGAGACAUGACCUUCUCGUUCCCCAUGGGCAUCAUCAAGGUGUUCACCACCAACCCCUCCCCGGCCGUGCUCACCUUCAAGCUGAAGAACACCAGCAGGUUGGAGCAGAUCUUACCCAACCAGCAGCUACUGUACAGUGAUCCUUCCCAAAGUGACUCAAAUUCCAAGGACUUCUGGUUCAACAUGCAAGCGCUGACGUCCUACCUCAGGAAAUCUUCAGAGCAGAAUCCUACAGCUUCCUAUUAUAACGUGGACAUCCUAAAAUACCAGGUGCAGUCCGAUGGGAUCCAUUCCACUCCUCUCAACCUGGCCGUGUACUGGAAGUGUACACCGAGCACGUCGGACCUGCGGGUGGACUACCGCUACAACCCGGAGUCCAUGGCCUCGCCCAAUCCGCUCUCCAACGUUCAGAUCCUAGUGCCCGUCGACGGGGGAGUCAGCAACAUGCAGUCUCUGCCCAACUCCAUCUGGAAUCCAGAGCAGAAUAAGUGUCUGUGGAAGCUGAGUGACAUCUCAGAAAAGUCUGACAAUGAAGGCGCCGGGUCCUUGAGGGCCAAGUUUGAGCUGUCAGACGGACCAUCGAACCCCACCACUCUCGCAGUGCAGUUCAUGAGCGAGGGCAGCACCCUGUCAGCAGUGGACAUGGAGCUGCAGGGGCCCGGAUACAGACUUUCUCUCAACAAGAAGAGGUUUGCCACAGGACGUUACAUGGCAGAUUGCUGAGGUGACCCACCACUCUGGUUCUCAAGAAAACACAAAAGUUGGCGACUUUCCGAGGCUUCCUGAACCUUUGGAUCCAUCUGAGCUUUUGCCCGGGAGGCGAGAAUCUCACUACAAUAAAACAGCACUGAGUAUUGAACACUGUUUAAGAAAAGAAAAAGAAAAGAAGACUAAGAUGAGCUUUCAGGAAAUGUGUAGAUAUGACAUUUAAUAAUGCUUUCUGAUCAAUUCACUUUUGUAUAGUCAGAAACAAUUUAUGGAUUAGAUAUAAAUCUAUAUUGUAUUUGAAAUCAUAAAAAAAAAAAAAAAACGUGCACUAACAAUCUUUCAGAUGCUCUUCUUCCUCUUAUAUUCGUCUGUCAAGAGCCUAUAAGAAUAUAAAAUGUCGGCGUGGAAGAGAAGAAAAGGUUCCUUCCUCUGAACUGUAAAUAUUCACACUGUUCAUUCUGCUCAACCAGCGCUGACUCGGCGCUCAAAUCCGUUGUGUUUACUGCUCUUUCUCUGUUUUUUCUGCUCCUUGUCUUUUUUUCAUCAUGUGCAAUGAAGCAGUGAAGGUGGACUCUGUCUCACACAGUACUCGCACACGUAUGGCACCAGCUUGAUCUCUUAAAAUAACAUCGAAGUGCUUUCAAACUAAUGCAAAAAAAAAAGAAGACCUGACCUCAGUGCCUCCUCUCAUAGCGUGGCUCAACAGGCAACAAAAGUGCGUCAAUGUUUGACCCAAAUUUGGGUUUCCAGAUUUAAGCUACAUUUCUCUGUGGUCAAAUGCAUGGAGUGUGUUCUUUAAACAAUCACCUCUAAUGGGGUCUGUGAUCAGUGUGGUCUUCUUUUUUAGAAUUGAACCUGUUAAUUCCCCUCUCGGUCCUUGGCUUGUACUUUUAAAGUUGUUAAGCCUUUCAUUUGUAUACUUUAUCUCAGCAUUCUUGACUGUAAAACAUUUUGUCAAAUGUUCAGAUGCUACAAAAAAGAAUCACGGGACAUUACCCCAAAUCUAACUUGCAGCCUUUUUUUGUAAAACUGACUCCAUUAACUGCCCGUUAAUGGAGAAAUGUGCCUGAAUCUAACUUUCUUUCUUUCUUUGUAUACUACAGCACAAUUAUUAAGUAAGAAUAGCACCAACAAAGUGCCAGUUUUGUUUUUUACUCCUUAUAUUUGGAUGUUGAAGGGAAAGUGUCUACUCUUUUUACAAACCCGACUGUCUUCCAAAAACGAAUGAGUCACGUUUGCCUUCUGCGAUUGAGUUUGACCAUCGGACUCUUUUCUAUCCGACGCUCGUCGGUUGACCUUGAACCUCUCGUUCUCACUCGCUGUAGACGAUGUCAGUGAGCAAGUAGCACAACGAGGCCGAGCUAGCGAUGGAAACGCCUUUAUCGCGACUGCCGCGACGCUGAGUAAUCCGGUGUUGUCGACUGUGGUUGAAUAUUGUGACACAGUACUGCCAUUGCCCUGUGAUAGAUUAAAGGCCUGCCCCUGCCUCUCACCCAGUGCAUGCUGGGAUAAGCCUCUUGCAACUAUAUAAGCAGCAGAAGCGGGUCUAGAAAGCGGAUGAAUGGAUGGAUAAUUGCCACGUUUGACUCUCGGUGCUUCAUUCUUGUCUUUUACUAAUGAAGGCCGCUGCUGUAGAAGAUGUUGUACUUCUCUACGGAGUAGUUUUAUGUUUUUCUUCUUUGCCCUUUGACCUCAACCAUGUAAUGAUCCUGAAAUUGGUCAAUGAUGCUGGUAUGUGACGUGUCUGGAGAUUGGUUAGUUGCCUGGAAGCUGUGAUGUUUCAGACACUGUGCAUCGUGUGGCCAACUGACCUCUCAGAUACGAUUUUAAGAAAAUUAACUUUCCGCAUCAGGCUUGUUUUUUACUGUCCGCUGUGCUAUAGAAAAUGACUCGUAGUAGUUUUUAACUGACUGGUCUGCAGGUGAUUUAAAACUCCAUAUCCAUACUGGAUUCAUCGAUGUCUCACUUGAUCAUUUAUUUGAUUUCAUGGCCACAGGGAUUGUCUGCAGUUUUUCGUGUUUUGUAUGAUUGGGGUUUAAGACUUUGAUAAUAAUCUAGAAGCAGACAUUAAUCUCAAAUGGAUGAUGGAAUCAUCCAUUUAAGUUGAGUUUGAUAAACCUUUUUGUAUCUCGCUCUGGACUUUAAUCAGCCAAAUCUUUGAAGGUAUUUGAAAUGAAUGAGUUUACAUAGAAUCCUAAAAUUGUACCUUCAGACAUUUGUACAGUUAGAAAUGUCCCUCUGUGUUUUCCCUUAAAUAAUUAUGUUGGUGGUUUUAGUCAGAUGAGACGAACUCAUUAAAGAAAAAGAGUUCACAGAUUCAGUAAUCGUGUUCAGUAUUAGCAAGCUGGUUCUUGCUGUCUCUAAAAAACGUACAAAAUUAUCUUCCAAGGGUCCUUUUUGUUUUUGUCACUUUCACAUCUUUUAUUUCUUUAUAUGUUGUAUUGAACAGAGUUUAAAGAGUGCAAAAUUGUGUAAAUGAUUCUCAUAAAUUGUACAUUUUUACCAAUUAUCUCAGCCACUUUUUGUCUCUACUUUAUGAUUUUUCAUUGUGCCUGUAUUAAAUGUGUAAUAUAUGAAUAUAUACAAAUAUAUUAAAAUGACUAAGCGUG